CAAAGGUGCUCUUUCUUGCUCAAAGUGACGUUGGUACAAGGCAUCAAACAGGUGUGCCAUAAGAUGAAUGUCCUUGUAUAUGCUGGUCCUGGCACUUCCCCGGACUCUGUCAAGCACUGUUUGGAAUCGCUGCGUCGAUUCCUUUCACCUCACUAUGCGGUGAUAGGCGUGGGUACGCAGACCUUGCUCAAUGAGCCCUGGAGCUCAAAGACCUCUCUGCUGGUGAUUCCCGGUGGUGCUGAUUUACCUGUGUGCCAGCAGCUGAACGGGAAAGGUAACAAGGUGAUUCGAGAUUUUGUCUCCAGAGGUGGUAAGCUGUUGGGAUUCUGCUCUGGUGGCUACUACUGCUCGGAUAAAGUUGAGUUUGAAGUUGGCGAUCCAAUGAUGGAGGUUUCAGGUAAAAGAGAGUUGAAGUUCUUCCCAGGAAUCGCUAGAGGCUGUGCCUUCAAAGGGUUCCAAUACGGGAAUGAAGCUGGUGCUCUGGCAGUGGCGUUGGAUGUGAACCCACAACUGCUUGAGAUGGAGGCUGGUGAAGAAUGCCUGAACUACUACAACGGAGGAGCAGUGUUUGUAGAUGCUGAGAAGUACGACAACGUUACUGUGCUGGCAUCGUACAAGGAACAAGUCCACGUUGAUCAGGGUGAUGAUACAAGAGCAUCUGCGAUUGUUCAUUGUAAGGUUCGUGAAGGUGAUGUGAUACUCACCGGUACUCAUCCAGAAUUCGUCCCAGAGAUGAUGCAUAGCUCCCAAGAGCCAAGCUACCUUGAAACCGUGAAGCUGCUGAAAGAGAACGAUGAAGUUAGAAAGAAAUUCCUCAGAGCAUGUCUGUUGAGAUUAGGACUAAAGGUCAAUGACGAUGAGAUCGUGAGACCUCGUCUGACUCCUCUCUUGCUUUCGUCACCGAUCUCGGGUGCUGUGCAAUCUAUCAUUGACGAUUUGACAGCCGAUGUCGCAGCUGAUGGUAAUUUACUCAAAUGUGAAACUGAUAACUUCCGUCUGCAUAUUGACGAAACAGAGAUCUCAAGUCACAUGGAUAAACAGGAGGAGUUGGAAGACCCAGAUACUGUGACAAAAGAGCUGAUUGCUUUCACAAAGGAGAUCCCAGAGAGGAAACUUACAUUCUACUUCGACAUCAACAACUAUUUCCGUUACUUAAGAGAGUCUUAUGGUGCUCUGGAUAGAGUAAGAGCAGGAUCAAUCUUGUUCUACGGAGAAGUUGUCACUUCAACCAGUGCCAUGCCAAACUCCAACAUAUCGUUGUUAAGACACUUACCAUCAGGAACGCUUUUGGCUGCCAGUGUCCAGGUCUCUGGCCGUGGCCGUGGUGGUAACAUUUGGAUCAACCCAUAUGGUGUUCUUGCAUCUUCUCUAAUCCUGGACUUGCCAUUGGCUUACACUCAUGCUCCAGUUGUAUUCAUCCAAUACUUGACUGCUCUCUCAUACGUGGAGGCUAUCAAAUCCAUGGGACCAGGCUAUGAAGAGUUGCCUAUAAAGAUCAAAUGGCCUAAUGACAUCUAUGCCAUGAAACCAGAAUACUUUGGACAGAAAUUGUCACCAAAUGACUCUGAACCGGCGUGGGUCAAGAUAUGUGGUAUACUUGUCAAUACAAAUGUCAUUGGGAAGAACUACAAGUGUAUUGUUGGUGCUGGUAUCAAUCUCUCCAAUUCUGAACCAACAACUUCAGUCAACUCUACUAUAACAGCAUGGAAUAAAUUCAACAACAAACAGCUCGAGCACAUCUCACCUGAGCUGUUAUUGGCAAAAUACAUGUACCAAAUGGAUACUUUGUUCAACAAGUUCAAACAGUUUGGGUUCAAGCCUCUGCUGCCACUAUACUAUUCGCACUGGUUACAUGAUGGCCAAGUGGUGAGAUUGCAAGACUAUGGAAAUACACGUGCAAUGAUUACUGGAAUCACCGACGACUUUGGUUUAUUGGUGGCUCAGGAGAUGGAUGUCCAUGGAAGGGUGUGUGGUCAAAAGUACCAUCUCCAGCCUGAUGGUAACUCAUUUGAUAUGUUCAACAACCUCAUCUCUAAAAAGGCAUAUGUUUAGCGUUCUUUAAUUCUACAUAUCAUGGCAUCUUCUGUUCGUUUAACGUUUAUCCCUUUA